AUGUACCAGGACGUGGAACCAAAACGUGUAGACGUAGAAAAUAAUCGGCCGAAAACUACCGCCACUGAUGAUUCAUUGACCAAUGAAGGGCAAGCUAUAAAUGGUGACUCGAAUAAAUCACAAUCUUUUCAAAUGCCACGUGCUCCACCUCAUGUUUAUUCAUGUUUCGUCGUUAAUAGAACGUCCGAACAGAUAGAGUGUAUGCUUAAAUAUGAUGGACGACCAGGCGAAGAAAAAUUCGAUGAAGUGAUCAAUGUAACUAUUCCUGCCAAUUCUGAGCAUUAUUUUCCUCGUAAAUUCUUUCAACCUGAUCUACCUGAAUCCUACUGCAAAUGGGUCAAAAUUGUGACACAUGUCCGAGUUAAAAAGCAGAAUGGAAAAUUUUUGGAGAUUGACUAUCCAUUCGAAAAUGUUCAUGCUCCAAUACGAAAUUGGGAGUUUCAUGUGCGAGACGAGGGUGACAUACUCUCGAAGCCUCCGACGCGCGUCGUUAAUGUUCUGAAAUAUGAAAAUCUCGAUCAAUAUGAAUGUUAA